GAAACGAAAAGAAGUUUAUUGAGCGACAGGUGCAUUGGUGGUGGGCUGUGUCGGAUUGAUCGGAUUUACUGGUGGUGUAUUGUGCGUACAUGUACCGGUACAUGAUACUUCAAAACGACUGCAGAAAAUCCUACAUUUUCGAAAAAGAUAUCAACGCAGUUUUACUAUUUCAUUGAAAACCAUUGAAUACAUUACUGAAGUACAGCAGUAUUGCAGUGAUGGAAAUCUUGUGUUAACUUUAUAAUAUAGAUUCACAGAUUGAAAGCAGGUUUUUAUCGAUUUUCAUUGAAGGCCUCGGGGAAGAAUGCCGUGAUUUCAGUAACCAUUCAGCCGUUGUGGUCGGGCUACAGAUCUAACUGGAACCGCCGACAGCUCUAUAGAGAUCGUGUCCGUGGUUUGGGGGUUGAAUGAGACGGGACUAAGUUAAAACAUGGAAAUGGAGAGCACACCAGAAAAUAAAAGUAUCAAAAGCAUAGAUAGAGGAUUACCUGAAGAGAAAGUAGAUUCCAGUCUUGCCAGUGCUUCAGGAGUAGUCACAUUUGGAGUGAAGAUUGAAAAUACACUCAACAUACAGGAUCUACAAGCGAUCAAAGAUGAAUUUAUGAGAUAUGAUGAGAAGGAAGGGGUAAAUAAAGAGGAGUUCUGUAAUCUCAUGGAUAACAUCUUGACUAAAGGAACAAGAAAUGAGUAUGCUGAACUUUUUGACAACAUUGAUGUCACAAAAGAGGGCUAUGUGAAUUGGGAUAAAUUUACAGGACAUUUAUUACUGGAGUAUGUGGAAAAGGAUGACAGAGUCAAGUCAACUCAGGUUCCCCAAUGGAAGGAUAUCAAACAACUUCCAAGUGCCCACAAGGAUAUUGUUCAAAAGAUUUCUUACAUCAAGAAUACAUCUCGCUACAUCAUCAUUAGUAAAGAAGGUUGCAUCUCAACGUUUGACAGUCAUCUCAGGACUCACAAAUCAAUUAAGAUCACAAAUGACUCUGUCAAACCCAGGGAUGUGUGGGUAACCACGUUUGUAGUACUUCAAAAUAUCAACAAGAUUGCACUCUCCUUUACCAGCAAAGAAAUCAUCUUCUAUGAUCUCAGCUCUAAACUUGAGUUCAAUGUACAGUACAGGGUUUAUGGAUUGGAACAUACACCACUCAGCAUGGACCAUUGGAGCAAUCCAGACAACUCUAAUGAGGCUAUUCUGGUUAUGGGAGAUACUGGGGGUAAUGUCAACGCCUUCCAUUUCACCUCAACAAACAUUGCCCUCUUUGACAGACCACAGCAACCCGGAGGAGAAGGGCAAGAACAAGUUGUCAAUGUGAACUUCAAACAUCUAUUGAAGGAUAGAUUCAAGUACUGUCGGCUCAUUAGACAUAAUGGACAUACAGAGUGGGCUAAACAAGUCAAGUAUGCUCAGCACCUAAAUUGUUUCAUCUCAUGCUCCACUACGUAUGAGAAUGCCAUGGUAUUGGGAUGGAUAGAGAAGGCUAAAUCAAAGAUGAAAACGAAUUCUUUCAAUAUCUCCCAAGGAGUGAAUGCCUUUGCUUAUCACAAUGGUCUUAAUCUGAUCGCCACUGCAGGAGUAGACCACCAUGUGUGUCUCUGGAACCCUUAUGUUGUGUCAAAAGCAGUUGGACUUUUGCGAGGUCACAUGGCUCCGGUUGUGCAUGUCCAGUUUAACUUUACCCGUGGUCAGCUGAUCAGUUUCUCAAAGGACAAGGUCUUAAGAAUAUGGGAUGUCCAGCUUCAAGUCUGUCUCCAGAGGAUGGCCGGGAUGUUUCCAAAAGGAACAGAGAUGUACACAUCACUAUUCUUUCAUGAGGCCAGCAAUCGUCUCCUCACAUCCUUCAAUUAUCAGCUGACUAUGCUUGAGAUGAAACCAGAGGUCAAAGAUCGGGUCAUGAGUCAUGACAAACCCAUCAGCAUGGCUCUUUACAACUCCACAUUUAAUCAAGUGGUAAGUGCUUGCCAUGGCUCUACAGUCAUUGUAUGGAUGUUAGACACAGGACAGAAAGCCAAGCAGUUUCUUAAUUGCCAUGGUAACGCUGAGAUCACCUGCCUGGCAUUUGAUCACAAUGAGACAAGGAUUUUUACAGGAAGUUCAGAUGGCACUGUCAAGGUAUGGGAUUUCAAUGGUCACUGCCAUCAUCUACUGAAUGCAGGAAUGGGAAGUUCAGUAGAUAUCUCUCAGAUUGCUGUGCUCAAAAGAAGUCUUGUAGUCAUUGGGUGGGAUAGGUACAUCACACUGUUCCGUAAUCAACAGAUUAAUCAGUAUAUGGUUGAACCAUCUGAAUGGAAAGGAGGAAAGGAACAUCAAGAUGACAUUCUUGCUGCAGCUUUCAUUGCACCACACACCCUUGCCACAGGCAGUUAUGAUGGAGAGAUUGUCAUCUGGAAUACAGGGUCAGAGGUUUCAUCAAGGCAUCUCCAACAAAGGUUCCACAAGAAGGCAAAGAGCAGAGAAAAGACCAAACUGUCCCUUCAUAAUGAAAGCACAGCACCACCAGGUGUAUCCCGUCAACGUAGCAGUAUCCAUUCAGUUCAUAGUGCCCAACAUCCCUGCAGAGCAUCCGUGAGCACUGCCAGGCAUGGCGUGAAGGGGACUGAGGCUGCCAAAAGACCCACCUCAGGAUCAAGUCAGGGUAGUGAAUCAGAUGAGAUGAAUAAUUUUGUGAUCAAGCAGCUGUUGUUCUUAGAAGCGAGGAAGCACCUCUCUGCUUCGGGAGGUGCUAACCUGGUAUCCUGUGGGGGUAAUGGAUGGGUACGCUUCUGGAAUGCCAACAAGAAUGCCCUCAUGGCAGAAUUCAUUGCCCAUCAACAUGUUGGUUCUAUUGUGAUGGCAGUGAGCAGCAACAAUCAUUACCUUGUAACAGGAGACAGCGAAGGGGCUAUCAAGGUCUGGAAGAUUCAAGACUACUGUCUACACAAACCUGAUAGACUAAUGACUGAGCCUCCUGCCAUGCUAUCAUCUUGGCACCUUCAUGCUGAUGCAGUGAACCAUCUGAGUAUGUGUGAACGCAAUGAACGUUGGCUCAUCAUCUCCGCUUCAGCAGAUUCAAGCGUUCAGCUUGCUGAUAUCUAUGGCAACCACAUUGGAACUUUUGGGCAGGAGGAUCAUUGGAAGAUUGAGCCUUACAUUCCUCCCCCUGAGCCUACACCUAGCGAGAUGGAUGAAAUGAGUGAUGACGAAUCAAGUCAGGAUGUUACAGAUGUUGAAGACAAGAAAUCAGAAGAGGAAAUGGAGAUAGAUAUCCAUGUGAAUUUUGACCCUCUAGAGAAGGUCAAUACAUGGGAAACUACUAGACUAGGCAAACAGUAUCAAGAAGUCAGAAAGAACAAAAGAGAAAGGAAACAACCUGGUACCAUUCCUGAUCUUCCUUACCUUACAUGGGAAAAGACCAAUCAGCCUCCUGCUGGACCUUACGCAGCUCUUGAUGUAUCUGAACUUGAUAAGGUUGGGACAUUGCAGAAACCAGAUUUCAUCUCCCAUCCUCACAAGUACUUCAGGACUCAUGAAGAAGCAGAAGCUCUUGCCAGAAAUCAACUGGAGAAAAAUUCAAGCCCAGAACUAAAGCAAAGAUUUGAUGAGCGUUCCCUUUUCCCCAAGUACAUCCUGGAUCAUGAAGCCGAGAUGAAACUAAGACAUCGCUACCUCCUUGAGGGACAGAACUCCCACUCAAAGACCAAGAGAAGUAGCAGCAGGGUGUGGAAUGCACUAUCCUCUACCACCAGUGUUGGACAGAAGAAUCCACGACCAUUCAGACUAUCCCCACUCCAGGAGAUUGUAAGAAAGAGGAGUGCUGAGAAGCAAGCCCAGAACCAGAACAACGGGAACGCAACUUGAGGGAAUAUGCUCUUGCUUCUUUUAGAACACAUACUGAAUAAAUUUUGAACAUUUUUGUCUCGCCUGCAUAGCAGAGCGACACUAAAGGCGCAGCUUUUCUGACGGCGGCGGCGUCAACAUCAAAUCUUAACCUAAGGUUAAGUUUUUAAAAUGACAUUAUAACUUAGAAAGUAUAUGGACCUAGUUCAUGAAAUUGGACAUAAGAUUAUUAAAGUAUUACUGAAUAUUCUGCCUGAGUUUCAGGUCACAUGAUCAAGGUCAAAUGUCAUUUAGGGUCAAUGAACUUAGACCAUGUUGGGAGAAUUAUUUUCAAAAUCUUAACCGAAGGUUAAGUUUUUGAAAUGACAUCAUAGCUUGGAAAGUAUAUAGACCUAGUUCAUGAAACUUGGGCAUAAGGUUAAUCAAGUAUUAGUGAACAUCCUGCUCAAGUUUCAGGUCACGUGACUAAGGUCAAAGGUCAUUUAGGGUCAAUGAACUUUGGUCAAGUUGGAUGUAUUUGUUGAAUUACUAUCAUAACUUUGAAAAUUUAUGGAUCUAGUUCAUGAAACUUGGACAUUAGAUUAGUCAAGUACCACUGAAUAUCCUGUGCAAGUUUCAGGUCACAUGACCAUGGUCAAUGGUCAUUUAAGGUCAAUGAACUUUGGCAGUGUUGGGAGUAUUUGUUAAAUUACCAUCCUAACUCUGAAAGUUUAUGGAUCUAGUUCAUAAAACUUGGACAUAAGAGUAAUCAAGUAUCACUGAACAUCCUGUAUGAGUUUCAGGUCACAUGACCAUGGUCAAAGGUCAUUAAAGGUCAAUGAACUUUGGCUGUGUUGGGGGUAUUUGUUGAAUUACCAUCCUAACUCUGAAAGUUUAUGGAUCUAGUUCAUAAAACUUGGGAUAUAAGAGUAAUCAAGUAUCACUGAACAUCCCCUGUGAGUUUCAGGUCACAAAACCAAGGUCAAAGGUCAGUUAAGGUCAAUUAACUUAGGCCAUGUUGGGGUAAUUGUUGAAUUGCCAUCAUAACUUUGUAAGUUUAUGGAUAGAGUGAAUGAAAUGUGGACAUGGGUGUAGUUAACAAGUCUUAAGUCACUGUUCAAAUGUCAUUUAUGGUCAAUGAACGUGGUAUUAUGUCAUUAUAUGAAUGGUGUUUUUGUUAAUGAUUAUUUUAUAGUAGUUUUCAAAGUUAGCACUGCUGCUAUAUUAAAUCGCGUAUUGCAGGCGAGACUGCCAGAGGCGUUCCACUUGUUAGAAUUAAGAAACAAUCUAACAUUGGCCAUCCUUAUUAUGGAGUCCAGAGUGCAUUCUCUUUCAAAUGUGCUACUCAUAGAAGGUGUUUCAUAGAGUUACAUGUGACUUAGGAUUGCUCUUAAAUUUGCAGUUGCGUUUGACAAAUACUUCAUUACUGCAUUGAACAAAUAAUGCUGGGUGACCAUAUAAUGCCAUGUAUUCAAUUCAUCAAUGAGAGCAUGUUUUAUUAUUCAUGUGCACAUUGGAGAUUUGUAAGAAUGACUUGUCACAUGUAAGUCACAUGCAACUCUUUUUGAAACAGCACUCUGUAUUGAAAGUCCAAUGGCUUCAUGAGAAGAAUAGACGAUGGCUCACCAAUUCAUGUACAUCAUUCUUUGAUUCCUUUCCAUGGAGUUGAGUGUUUUCAUGGUAAUAAAUAUUUUGUCUACAUAAUGGGAGGAAUACUUUCACCCACUUUGUGGACUUUGAUCUUUAUAAUGGUAAGAUUCUAACCCUUAACAGGCAGACGUUUUACCUAUUGGGUUAGGUAACUUCAUGAAAAAGGCAUCAGGGGCUUUGUAAACAUGUAUAACUGGAGUUUUCCUCGAACCACCUUGGUUUUAUUUAUGCAGGAUUAGAAAAAACUGAGGCAAUGUAUAACUCAGACUUUUUAUAACUUACCUUAACUUACUCUCAUAUGGUUAUUUAGUAAUGGAAUGAGAAAUGCUCUUUAAUAAUUUGAAUAUUGGGAAGCACACUCUAAUGAUUUCAGAAUUAUGGAAGAUACACUUUUUGUGACUUACUGCAUGUAUUAACAUGUUAGAGUUUGGAGAGCCAAUGUUUUAAUUGAGUGAAAAUCAUGAACUUAACACGUCCAUUAUCCGCUAUCAUGAAAAUUGCACUUAUGAAUGAAUGACGAUCAAUCUGUGCUACAUAUAAAUAUUAAUCUGGGGAAGCUGUCUGAAUUUUACACUUUGAAUAAACAUUUCUCGGAACAAAUGUGAUCAUCAGAAGAAAUGUAUCAAUGUGGAGAUCAUAAUAAAUUAGAAAAAUGUUUUGAUUGAGGUGGAUACUUUAUGAUCAGUAUUAAUACCAACUCAAUCUGAUGAAAAGGUGAAAAAUAUUAUACGUGAGCAGAAAGAUUUGAUUUAAAAAUAAAUAUCAUUAAGCGUGUAAGAGUGACGGAACAACUCCAUGGUAGUGAGGUAAUCAAAGCUUGGGGGGUAUGUAUUGAGCUAAUGACAAUCAAUAUUUAAUGCAAGAGGUAAGUGAUGUAUGUUUAUUUUUUAUAUAUUUAUGUAGAUAUAUUACAAAUGUGAUCAAAUUGGAAAUCUGGGCCCCACCUUACAAAGCGUUACAAUUGAUCCAAUCAAUGUCAUAUUUUUUUCUACAGGAAAUUUGCAAAAUGUACCUUGUAAACAAAGGAGAAUGCACCAAAUUGUCAAGAAAUCAAUGAAUUUAAGGAUGUACAUUCAUAUCGAGAAAAUCUUUUGAACAAACAUGCAUUUUAUAUGUUGACUUUGCUGGCUCUCCAUAGUUUUGAUUGAUUGGGUCAAUCGCAACUCUUUGUAAGACAGGGCCCUGGUAAUGUGAAGGUGGUAAAAGAGGUAUUGAUUGAGUUUUUUGUGGAUUAUCCAAAUAAUGAAAGAAAAGUAAGUUUUAGAUUAAUUUAAAUUCUUUUGGCCAAUACUGGUGGCUUCCAAGAGUGAAUCACGUGCAUUGCUACGCUUGGUUUAUUUUUUACUUGAAAUAUUCUCAUCAGUUUACUAGUAAACAUCAUCUAUACUUGCUUGCAAAUUCAUGGGGUAUUUCAGCCACUUUCUUUCAUAUUACAACUGAAAAUUCAUUGAAGUAUUUUAAAAUUAUUACCAUUGUAAGAAAUAUCCACAUCUCACAUGAAAAAUCAAUUGUAAUAAGCAAAGCAACUCAUCUUUAAUGCUCCAAACUCAUUUCUACAGCUCACCACAUACAUCUCAGUGAUAUCUGUUUAUCACAUAAAGAUGUACUUCAGUAGUGUUCAUACGACAUGUUUCUUGUAACUGGUGAAGAUUAUUUCAUUUGUGGAUUUCAGAUAUAUAUUUGUGAAACUUUUUAAAGUGAUAAAGGGAAUUUUUAAUUACACUGCAAUGCACCUACAAAUAAGUGUCUGUAGUAAGAUUGAUUCUACAAUCACCAAAAUAAGCAAAAAUAAAGGGUUUUAACAAGUCACAUAUGCAGUACUCAGAGAUGCAUGUAUGGGACUACAAAAUUGUUUGCUAAAGUAUUUCAGCUGCUGUUUGGUCAUAUUCUUAAAGUGAUGCCAUCUAAAUAGCUAUUCUUUACAGGCAAAAUUUCUACAAUAAUCUUCCUUAAAUAACAUGAAAGCCUUUGAAUGUUAUUAGCAAUAUUUGUUGUCCUUAUUUUUGUUUUAACUUGACUUUGCAUUAAAGGGUAGAAACUAUUUUGACAAGUCAAGAAAGGGGUUAUAUAAUUCAAUGAUGAUCACUGAUGCUGCUGCUGAAAAUUAUAAAGAAAAUGAUUCUGUUGGUCCCAAGGACCUUGGUAAUGUUGUGUGUCCACAUUUCACCAUCAUCAUGGAGUACACCAUACCAGUCUAGAACUCCUUACAAGAAGGGUCCUUUGUAUGAGUCUAUC